AUCACUGCAGGCACAGAGCAGUUCACAGCGAUGCGGGACCUGUACAUGAAGAACGGGCAGGGUUUCGCUCUGGUUUACUCCAUCACAGCACAGUCCACCUUUAAUGACCUGCAGGACCUACGGGAGCAGAUUCUGAGAGUGAAGGACACAGAGGAUGUGCCAAUGAUCUUGGUUGGGAAUAAGUGUGAUUUAGAGGAUGAGAGGGUGGUUGGGAAGGAGCAGGGUCAGAAUUUUGCUCGUCAGUGGAGUAAUUGUGCCUUUCUAGAAUCUUCUGCCAAAUCAAAGAUCAACGUCAAUGAGAUCUUUUAUGACCUGGUAAGACAGAUAAACAGAAAGACGCCGGUGGAGAAGAAGAGAGCGAAAAAGAAGUCAAACUGCAUCCUGCUGUAACACAACUGCAUCACUGCAGCAGCUCUGAGCCAGGUAGUCGAUCAGAAGUUCAUUAGGAAUCAGUACAUGCGCUAUUAAGAACUCCUUUCAUCCAUGAUCAAUAAUAGAGAUUUCACCCUGUGUGUGUUUUUUUUUUUUGCAUCAGCGAUAUCUACUAGGGAUCCUCAAAAUACCGGUUAUUGAAUGAUAAAUGCUUGAUUAAAUGGUUAAAAGCCUUUUUCUAAUUGUUUUAAUGUUACAGAGACCACCACGUGU